GACAGGACUCCCAUUAUCGGCAAAGCAAGAUCCAGCGGCUGAUUAUUUCCCUGACUGGCUUUAUCUCGAGCCACUGAGCAUCCUCCGGCAGAGAGAGCAGGAGCGGCUGAGAUCUCUUUCGGCACCUCGGACGCCACAAGCAGGAAAAAUGGCUCCAAUCACGAGCGGCAGAGAUGCUUUUGAUGAAAUUCCAUCAGUGGUUGGACUGGUCAGCGGGUUUGGACUUGUUUUCACGGUGUCUUUGUUCUCGUGGAUUUGUUGCCAGCGUAAAUCAGCCAAAUCCAACACGACGCCCCCGUACAAGUUUGUCCAUGUGUUAAAAGGCGUUGACAUAUACCCCGAGAGCUUAAACAGCAAAAAGAAAUUCGGAGCAGAUGAAAAAACAGAACUGGCUCCUAAAUCUCUCAUCUCAAAGACUUCUCUUCACCUUGAUCUCGAAAAAAGGGACUUAAAUGGCAAUUUUCCGAAAGCCAAUAAAGUCAGAAGCUCUCCAGACCUUGAGGAUUUCUCGCAGCCUCAAUUACCAGAAAAAGACAAAGACUCCGUUUCUCCUGAGAGCGUCAAGUCCAACGCUUCUGUAGUAUCCCUGGACAAGCAAGAUAAACUAGGAACCCUCUUCUUCGCUCUAGAGUACAACUUUGAGAAAAAGGCAUUUGUGGUGAACAUCAAAGAAGCCAGAUCCCUUCCAGCGAUGGAUGAACAGUCCAUGACAUCUGACCCGUAUAUAAAAAUGACCAUCCUUCCUGAGAAGAAGCACAAGGUUAAAACUAGAGUGCUCAGAAAGACUCUCGACCCAGCCUUUGAUGAGACUUUCACAUUCUAUGGAAUUCCUUACAGCCAGGUUCAAGACUUGGUCCUUCACUUCAUCAUCUUGAGCUUCGACAGAUUCUCCAGGGAUGAUGUCAUUGGUGAAGUCUCUUUUCCUCUCUCGGGAAUUGAACUGUCUGAUGGCAGAGUGCUAAUGAACCGGGAAAUCAAUAAAAGAAAUGUCCGGAAAUCAGCCGGACGUGGAGAGCUGCUAAUCUCUCUUUGCUACCAGUCGACAACAAAUACUUUAACUGUUGUUGUGCUUAAGGCUCGGCAUUUACCAAAAGCUGAAGUGUCAGGAUUAUCAGAUCCUUAUGUAAAAGUGAACCUUUAUCAUGCCAAGAAAAGGAUUUCCAAAAAGAAAACUCAUGUGAAGAAGUGCACCCCGAAUGCAGUAUUCAACGAAUUGUUUGUCUUUGACAUUCCUUGUGAAGGCCUGGAAGAUAUAAGUGUUGAGUUCCUUGUCAUGGAUUCAGACAGAGGAUCAAGGAAUGAGGUUAUUGGCCGAUUAAUUCUGGGGUCUUCUGCAGAUGGAACAGGUGGCGAGCACUGGAAAGAAAUCUGUGAACAUCCCCGGAGGCAAAUUGCCAAGUGGCAUAUGCUGUGCGAUGGUUAGCAAUGAAAUAGAAAUGAGCGGACUUUACCUGUUUCCAUAAAUUGGUUUAUUUCUAGUGUAAAAUAAUUUCAAAAAUGCUUGUAACUACAUUUUUUUUUGUUCAACAUGUGGCUGAUUUAGGAAGAAAUAGCAGAAGGUAAAAAACACAAACCAAAAAGAUUUGGUAAACAGUGGGGUAUGUUUACAUAGUUUUUCCAACUGUGUAACAUUUACAGAAUGUAGUGGAAUCUAUUGCACGCGAUUGUUGUGGUCGAUUUAAGACAUGGAACUAGAUGGACUAGUUAAAAAAUGGUGUCCUUGGUAUGGUAGACGUUCUCUCUGAGAUGUCUUUAGAAGGUCUCAGUAGCAUUUGAGUACCCUGGAACAUAUACAAUGAAAGUGUAGUCCUUUGGUUGUUGUUGAAAUAAACCUACCAGCACCCUUGGCUGUCAUAAGGUGCUUGGAGUGGUCCAACAAUAACAACUGAAGGCCAAUACUUUUUACCCAGGGGCCCAACUCUACUAAAGAUGGCCUUGAUGGCCAACACUAUUAAAGAUGACCUUGAUGGCCAACACUACUAAAGAUGGCCUUGAUGGCCAACACUACUAAAGAUGGCCUGAUGAGAACUAAUGGCACCACGUGCUGGAACCUAGGGAGCUUUGUGCAUAAUAAUCUAGCUCUGUAACUGAUCAGCCCAAAGACUCACAACAGGAACAAUUUUUAUUUCACUUGCAUUGUGUUCUUCUUGUGAAUUAUAUGGGAAAAUCUGCUAUUUGACUUUGUGAUUUUCAUAAGUGACAAACUUAGUAGAUAGAGGAUGAAGCACCGAAACAGUAUCAAAGGGCUUGGACUCAAACACAUUUCUGGCUUGAUGUAUAUACAUAUAUAUAUAACCCAGAGUAGUGCAGGAAUCCAGUGCUUUGCUACCUUUGCAUACUAUACUCCCCUUUCCAAAGAAAAUCUAUAGGGCAGCAACUAAAUGUAAAUGAUAUAUACUGGAAGUAAUGCAACAUGUCAACUGAUGAUAUAUGUAUAUAUAUGUAUACACUGAGGAUUGACUUGCAACGUUCUAGCAUGAGUGACAGAACAAAUAGGAGCAACUAAUGAGCUGACUCGGCUUCCCUUAUACCUUUGCUUCACUCUAUUAUGGCAAAACCAAUGCUAUUUAUGUGCAUUAUUGACAGACCAGAGGCAAUGUAAAGUAAACAAACAAAACGAAUUAGAAAAGGGACAGAUUCUACAAUAUUUCUACAGCAUCACUCAAGGACAAUGGCUACAUUUAUCACCAAUAUUUCAUAAAAAACAUUACAAUUUUCCAAAAUAUUUGUCAGUAUUAAAACACAUUCACAUUAUGAAAUGUCCAAUGUGUGUAGUUUAUUAUAACACUCUAUAACUCUAGCUCUAUAACUACUAUACUAUAAAUAGUGCUACAUACAAUGGAAAAUGGCUUCCAACUCUGGAUCAAUUCAUGAAAAAAUAUGGUGUUGGUUAUGAAUUCUGAUCAUUCCCCUUGGGUUUAAGAAAAUAUCAUUCUUUAUACACAGAAUAUUCGUCCAUGUGUCCGUCUAGAUUGCUUAUAUUCUCCAAUGAGCAUCAGCAAAACUCUAGCCCUAACCAUAACCCAAAUUCUAAAUAACACAAGAUAUGUAAUAUGAGAUAUGGGUUUAUUAUCUAUGGAACCCAUUUUUUUAGAAUUUUCUGAACUACUUUAUUGCCAAUUCUGUACAAUUAUCAGCUGAUUAUGACAAUUCCAACAUAAGAUACUUUGAUUAAAUGUUAGACUUAUUAUACUGUAUUUAUUAUUAUUUAUAAAUAUGUAAAAAUUGGAUUUUAACACACAUAUAUAACAAUAAAUACAUCCCUAAGACAACUGAAAAUACAAUAAAGCCCCCCCUUUGUUGGAGCAGUGCAAAUCAUAAUUUAACCCACUGAACAUUAAUGUUCUCCAAACCUAUUUAUUAAAAGGUGCAUUCACCCAAAUCUGACUUAAUACCCCCCCGUCCAACUUACAUUUACUAUCUAUAAAUCUAUAAAUUUAGAUAAAAUCCUGAUAAUACACAAACAUGUAAAAAUUUUUUGAUUUUAUAAUUGAAAUUAUGAAUUAAAUCUAUGAAUUGAGUCUAUCAAAUCUAUUGAUAUCCCAUGUUCCAUAGCACACAGUUAACACAAUUGUAUUUAUUUGUAUACUGGAACAAUCCACGUUGACUUAGGUUUUAAUGUAUAUAGAUAUAUAAAUAUAUUUUAAGGUAUAAGUACUAAUCCGAAUGUAUAAAUACUGUAAGUAGAUUAAAUUUAAACAACUUUGUCACUACGUUCCCAAUUUUUCAAAAAAUUCUGCUAAUGGGAAGACGUGGCCUUGCCAAGGAAUGUUCCAAACCCACUGAAAGAAUAGAUGUAGGUAAAUUGGUCUUACAUGGAAAUACCCUUUUGCAUUAAUCACAAAAUGAUUAUGCCUAAUUGAUUAAUUAUAAAGGGCCUAUGUGGUCUUAUCUACAAGAGAGCCUAAGCCAUAUCACAUGAUAGAAAAAGCACCUAGUGCAUUAUGGGAGCUCCAGCGUUAAACUCUGCCCCUUAUUGAUCAUAAUGGUAAUUCAUUAUCGUUAUCGUUCAUUAUCGUUACUCUAUACUAAUUUUAUUUAUGCUGUUUAUAAUUGAAUAGACAACUUAGGGGCAUGUUUACCAAGAUUGGAGAUAAAUAUCACCAGUGAUGUUGCCCAUAGAAACCAAUCAGAUCUUUGCUUUUGGUUUCUAACUUGUAGGUGAUUGUUCAAAUCUAAUUACUGAUUGGUUGCUAUAAGCAACAUCACCGGUGAUAUUUAUCUCCAAUCUUAGUAAACAUGCCCCUUAGCUUGAUGGAAAAAUUAUCUCAAGAGCUUUAUUUAGGCCCGUCCAUCUUGGGCUUUUCCUAGCUUCUACUUGCUGUGAACAGCCAACUCAGGACGCACAGUUAAUGAAACUGCCUAUAGGGGGAAUGUAUGUAAAAAUCAGUAACAAACAUUUUAACUGCUUUAUGGCCUAAUUGAACAUGGCUUUAUUUGGUCUGAAAAUUGUCCUUCAAAAAUAAAAACUUACUUACACUGUGCAUUGGUGCAACCAAAUCAACAUGCAAGUUGCAAUUUUGAGUUCACAAUCUUAUAUUAAAUGUUAAUAUGCACAAAGUAAAAAAAAAAAAAAACAGUCUAUUUUUAUUUUUUGCUUACAUUCCCCCAACUAGGGUUUCAUGGUUGUUAGGAAUCAGUGCAGACUAUCUAAGGGUUUGACUAGCUUCUGUUUUAUCCCGCCAUUAGUGAUGAGCGAAUCUGUCCCGUUUCGCUUAACUGGAAAAUUUGUAAAACGAAUUUGACAAUUUGACGUAACUGAAAUUGAUGAAAUUUUGCUGAAAUUUUUGCAAAAGUUUAGCGAAACAAUUGCCAAUGGUGAAAUGCUGAAAUUCGCUGCAAAUCCAUGCCUGGAAAAAAAAUUCGCCCAUCACUACCCGAAUUUGACAAUUUGACGUAACUGAAACUUUUUUUUUGCUGAAAUUUUUGCAGAAGUUUUGCGAAACAAUUGCCAAUGGUGAAAUGCUGAAAUUCGCUGCAAAUCCAUGCCUGGCUAAAAAAUUCGCCCAUCACUACCCAAAUUUGACAAUUUGACAUAACUGAAACUUUUUUUUUGCUGAAAUUUCGCUGAAAUUUUUGCAGAAGUUUUGCGAAACAAUUGCCAAUGGUGAAAUGCUGAAAUUGGCUGCAAAUCCAUGCCUGGUGACAACAUUGGCCCAUCACUACUGGCCAAUCCAAACCUACACCUAUUAGUUAAAAAAUAAAGCAUGAACGAAUCAAGACCAGAUUAAGCAUUCCUUGAAACUUUUCCCCCCAGAACAGAAUACAAAAAUCUAAAUACUUUUUUAAAUAUGGAAAUAUUUUAUUUACAAAAUAUUACUAGGGGAGUUACUAUAACCAACAAUCAAUCAAUAAUUGUAAUCAAGCCAAAAAUGAAUCCACGCCAAAGGUAGAAUUGGCACAUUUAGGAAAAAGGAAUUUCCGUAGCACAAUUAGCUGCUCUAAGAUUAGAAUCUUGAUAGACAUUUUUUUGUGAUACAGCUGGAAGUUAUCAAAGAUGAGCAUAUUGGUUCUUGGGUAUAUAGAGCUAUAAAACAUAACAAUAGAGCAUUCAUAUUAAAUUAGCCCUAUUUAGCAAUCACUGCCCUGUGUUUAGUUGUUUUGGGUAUGUAGACAAAAGCAGAUUAUCAGCUUCUUGGGCAGUUGUUAUACCGAUAUUUAUUAUUAUUAUCAUUAAUAUAUAACAAUUGAUCUUAGAUGGUGCUGUGCACAGAACUUUUUUUGAAAGAGUGGAUCUUUGUCUGACAGAUUUUAUUAGGUUUUGAUAACUUGCCAUUGGCCACAAGGGAGUCCCGAGCCUAAAUUAAUGAGUUUCCCCUUUAUAAACCGCAAGGUAUUUUCAGUGGCUGUAAUGGAAUUGCCUAAAAUCAGAAGCUCAUUAGCAGAGGAUUAUACAAACCUGCUGUCUCAUCUGUAGUGAUGAGCGAAUCUGUUCCGUUUCGCUUCACCAGAAAUUUGCGAAACUACAAAAAAUUCACAAAACGGCGAAAACAAUUAACAAAUUGCAAAACAAUUCACCAAUAGCAAAAUGCGUAAAUUUGCUGUAAAUCCAUGCCUGACGAAAAAAUUCGCUCAUCACUACUUAUCUGUCGAACUUGUUUUUGUUUUCUUGCUGCAUUUCUUUUAGCUAGCAGAUGUAGUUAAAUUGCAGGGAGGCAGAUUUCUAUUAAAAAAAAAAAA